UUAUAGCGGGACUGUGGCGGGCAUUCUGACACUGGGAGGGGACUGACUUGGUGCCACUGACAUCCCCAGUGACACCAAUACAGUGAUCAGUGCUAAUAAAAAGCACUGACACUGUACUAAUGGCACUGGGCAGGAAGGGGUUAACAUGUGGGGCGAUCAAAGGGUUAACUGUGUGCUGUUUCACUUUGUGUGUGUGUGUGUGUCACACUGAUUUGUAUGGCUCUGCUAUGCAGAGCCAUACAAAACAGUGUGCAAGAACUGACAGGGAAGAGAAGUGUAUUGUUUACAUACAGUUUUCUUCCCCGUCAGUAAUACUUGGUGAUCACCAGGUG